GUCAACUUCUGUACUAACUAAUAUAAUACUCGCCGCUUUAACUUUCACGACUAUAUAAACUCUCCGCGACUAAAAUAUCAAGCUUACAUCUAUAAAAAACACAGUCAGCCUCGAUACCAAUCUCACGGGCUGACUUGCGAAAGAACUCGGCGAAGUUAUUGCACCUUGCUAAUGCGUCCUGCCUCAUUUAUCUUACCUUUUUCCAUUCUACAUCGUCAAAGCAUUGCUACCACUGCACGUUGCACUCCGGCAUUAAGAUACCCUGUACUGCCCAGUACCCCACACAUAUACCCCACGUGUAGAUUGCGUGCACAGCCAUACUCAUCCACCAUGUCGGAUACAGGGGCUGCGAAUAUAUCCGCAGAGCCAAUGAAGGCGACACAAGAAGAGUCAAACAGCAAAAAUGUAGCUGUAGAGAAAAACGAAGCAGCAGCGGCCGAAGCGCCACAAGAAGAGCCAAAAUUACCGCCACUUAGCGCAGCGGACUUCGCGGCCUACAACGGCAUGGCGGAACACAUGGAAUACUUCCACAAUAAUUUCCGAAGGACCUGGAACCUUCUAUAUGGUGCCUGCGAGUCUAAUCAACGCCCAAAGAACUUGUCCAUCAAGCAGUUCAUCACCACUGGCCUGCAAUUUUGUGGGCAUCUCACGGCGCAUCACUCCAUCGAGGAGAUGCACGUCUUCCCUGUUCUGGCCAAGAAAAUGCCAGAGUUCAAGAACGGCCCUAAGUACAAGGGUGCUGCGGAGUUGCUAAGGCAGCACAAGGAGAUUCACGAUGGCCUGGACGUGUUUAAGGAGUACUUACAACAGUGCCAGACUGGGGAGGCCGACUUUGAUUUGAGGGUGCUCAAGACGAAGAUGGACUCUUGGGGAACAGUGUUAUGGACUCAUCUAGACCAAGAGGUCAAGACAUUGGGUGCCGAGAAUAUGAGGAAAUACUGGACUGUAGCAGAGAUGAGGCGGAUGCCAAUGUAGAUAUCCAUAUAUAGAACAACAGAAUUUGAUUUUAAC